AAAUAUUACCCAAAUCAGAAAGUCAUAGAAAGCCUGAAAAUGUCAGGGCAGUACAAAAUCCCCCCAAAUGUCAGGACAGUACAAAUCCCCCCCAAAUGUCAGAACAGUACAAAUCCCCCCCAAAUGUCAGGACAGUACAAAUCCCCCAAACGUCAGGACGGUACAAAUCCCCCCAAAUGUCAGGACGGUACAAAUCCCCCAAAUGUCAGGACGGUACAAAUCCCCCCAAAUGUCAGGAUGGUACAAUUCCCCCCCAAAUGUCAGGAGGGUACAAAUCCCCACCAAAUGUCAGGACAGUACGAAUCCCCCUCAAAUGUCAGGACGGUACGAAUCCCCCCAAAUGUCAGGACGGUACAAAUCCCCCCCAAAUGUCAG